AUGACUCCACCAGCAAUCGACAUGAGCUCUACUACCACCGCAACUACCACUGAAGACAAGCCCAAGAACGUCGGCUUCCGUGUCGGGUUGGGAGAUAUCACUCCCAACAACUUGGGUCAACUCAAGCGUUUGAACACGGUUCUCUUUCCCGUGGUUUAUGCACCUGGGUUUUAUAAAGAUGUUCUUGAAGUCGGCGAGUUUGCUAAAAUCAUCUACUUCAACGAUGUCUGUGUUGGAGCUGUGUGCUGUCGCAAGGAGCCCGCUGCUGGAUCGGCCACGGAGCAGAACCUUUACAUUGCCACCCUCGGAGUCUUGGCACCUUACCGCCGCCUUGGUUUGGGAUCGGAGAUGUUGAAGCACAUUUUGGAACAGGCAAACUUGCCAGUGGUGGCAGGACAGCCCAAGAUUGUGAAGUUGUAUUUGCAUGUGCAGUCGAACAACGAGGAGGCAUUAGAGUUUUACAAGAAGCAUGGAUUCGAGGUUACAGAGAAGUGCGAGAACUACUACCCACAGUUUGAGGUCUCGGACGCGUUCAAGCUGGAGAAGAUCGUCAACUAG